AUGUUACCAUUCAUCGUAUUGCCUAUUGCGUUAUUUGUGAAUGUUGGAGCUGCUAGACCUCAGAGCGUUAAUGUCGAAUUACAUACCGUGUUAGAAUUUGAUAAAACCAACGAUAUAUAUUUCCUUCAGAAUGUCCGAAAUAUUCUAGAUAAAAUUAAUGGUAUAUUAUCAAGUGAACCUGAGAAGAAAGCUUUAAAAAGACAUAAAGAUCCGCCUACUUUUACAGACUUUCUUAAAAAGUCUCUUCAAAUUGUAAAAUCUUUGAGAGAUAAUGAAUUAAGAUACAUUUUUAGAACUAUACGUGAUGAAAUAGAAUCUUUUGACGCUGAGAAUUCAUUUGAAGAAAAUCUGAAAAGGUUUAUAAAUCAUAAGCUAGAUGACUUUGGCAGAGAUCCCAAAAAAAUGCGCAGUAAUAUAGACGAAUUCUUAAAAAAAGCGCACACAGAUAAAAGAAAUAGAAAGCGUGAUUACUCUCUUAAUUUCACGAAUAAUGAUUACAAAAAUGAUUAUCAUAGCAGCUUUUUAAAUUAUUUAAAUAAAAUAGAUUUGUUCCGGAGAAGUUCGAAGCGAUCUAACGAUGAAUUGAAGCGGAUUGUUACAACUAUCACCCGUGAUAUUUUAGAUAAAUAUACCAGUUUAAGGAAAAAUAAAAAACAAAUGUUGCAAUCUUGGCUUAAAGAUAAUGCAUUGCUUAAUGAUGAAGCGGUAACUAAAAGAAAUAAAAUAACUAAAACUAAUAAAUACCAAUUAUUAAAAGAAAAAGAUAAAGUAAGUUCCAGUGAAGAAGAAGAGAAAGAAGAUGUAAAUACUAUAAAGUUAAAACAAAAGAAGAGAACUAACUCCUUUAAGAAGUUGACUCAUAUAACUCUAUAUCCAAGUAGUAUUGAAGUGAGUCAAAGGAAACGCAAAUUAAGAUCAGGUUUUUCAGUUAAAAAAAGUAAAACAUCAACGAAAUCUACAGAAAGUCAUCAUAUUUCUCUUUCUAAUGAAGAGAUAGAGAAUGUCGAUUUAAGUGAUAUAUUUGCUAACCUCAGCUCCGAAUCUGCGAAGAAAGAUAGUAUGGAAUUGUUUGGAGAUAACCCUAAAGUUGUUAAUAAAUCAGAAUCCUUUAGAAAUAAAAUAAAUCACAAAACGAAAUCAGGAAUUUCUGACAUAAUUUCAAGAAAAAGAACAACAAAGAUGGAAAGCUCUGUAGAAUCUUUUGAAUACUUCGGAAGUUUGUACAGCGUGAAUAAAACAAAAACAUCUGGAAAAAUCCCUACCAAUCUAAUGAAGAGUACAACUAAUGAUAUUAUUAAUAGAAUAGAAAAUAAAGCUUCAACAACAGCUAUUAACACAGUGGAUAAACUAUCCAAUGGCAGAAUAUCUACAAAUAGUAUGUACCUGCACCGGCGGGCAUAUUUACCUUUUAGAAAUACUAAUAAAGCGACUGUUAAAUUAAUAAAAUCAUUACAAAAUACCAAAAAUAACGUUAAUAAUAAAACAAAUACACAUUUUACUACAACAAAGAAAGAAAAAGAAGAUUUUAACAAAUCUGCUAACUUCAAAGCAAUCUCAGAAGUUUCGUCUCAAAAGGCACUUGAAACAAGUGCUUCGAACAAUUCUACAGCUAAAUAUUCUACAACUGAAUUUGAUGUGAAUAAAUUUAUUAAAAACUCACAGAUAAAGAAUUUAGUAAAUACUGAGAGGCAAAAAGAGAUAGACAAGAAAAUGAAAGAAGAUUUAACAUUUCUCCUCUCAACAACAACAAAUGCCACCACUGAAGCGUAUAAUGAUGUUUUUAAGGAUUUAGAGGACGCAGAAAUCUCCAAAACUCAAGCUAUGGCAACCAUGACGGAUCCCUAUGGUACCACCGGCCAGUUGACCCUCAAGUGGGACCCCAAGAACUUAGAAAUCAGGACCAUGUCAGUAGAGAGGACACUGGAGCCCUUGGUCCUCCAAGUGACUACCCUUGUGAAUAGCAAGGAUAAAGCAGCUAAGAAGAAGAGACCGGGCAAAUCUAAAAGGGCCAGUGCCCUAGUGGCUACAGUGGAGAGGGCUACCGAGAUAUUCAUUGAGCGAGGACAGACCAUUGCUUAUGAGAAUCCGGAGAUAACCCAGGAGAUGCUGGCAGCUGUGGAGGAGGUUAGGAAGGCAGGUGCAGCCAUGAGCCUGGCGGCCCGGGAGUUCUCGGAGGAGCCGUGCGCGUCGUCGGUGCGCUCGAGCAUGGUGCGCGCGGCGCGCAGCCUGCUGUCCGCCGUCACGCGGCUGCUCAUCCUGGCGGACAUGGUGGAUGUUCACCUGCUGCUGUCCAACUUGAGGACUGUUGAAAACGACCUAGACAAGCUCAAGUCUGCCUCGUCCCAGUCCGAGCUCCUGGAGUCUGCCCGUCAGUUCGGACGCUCCGCCAACGAGCUGGCGGCGCAGGCGGCACGGAGGCAGAAGGAGCUGAAGGAGCCCAGGAUGAAGGAUGAGCUGGCUGCGGCCAGGGCUGUGCUGAAGAAGCAUUCCACUAUGCUGUUGACUGCAUCCAAGGUGUACGUCCGUCACCCGGAGCUGGCGGCCGCGAAGGCCAACCGGGACUUCGUCCUGCGCGCCGUGUGCUCCGCCGUCGACACCAUCUCCGCCGUGGCGCAGGGCCGCCCGCUGCCGCCCAAUUCCGGUACAAACAGAGUGCCGGUAGAGGGUCCUGGAGAAUUGGCUCAGGCCUUGGAUGAUUUUGAUGAGCGCAUGGUGAUGGAGCCGCUGGCGUACUCGGAGCUGCGCACGCGGCCGUCGCUGGAGGAGCGCCUCGAGAGCAUCAUCUCGGGCGCCGCGCUCAUGGCCGACAGCUCCUGCACCAGGGACGAGCGACGCGAGCGCAUAGUGGCGGAGUGUAACGCCGUGCGGCAAGCGCUGCAAGAUUUGCUGCACGAGUAUAUGAGCAAUGCGGGGCGCGCGGAGCAGUCCGAGGCGCUGGAGCGCGCGCUGGAGCAGAUGUGCCGCAAGACGCGCGACCUGCGCCGCCAGCUGCGCAAGGCCGUCGUGGACCACGUCUCCGACAGUUUCCUGGAGACAAACGUUCCUCUGCUGGUUCUUCUAGAAGCAGCUCGCAGUGGCAAUGAGAAGGAAGUAGAAGAAUAUGCUGUGGUGUUCACUGAACAUGCAAACAAACUUGUUGAGGUAGCAAACCUCGUGUGCUCGAUGUCCAACAACGAGGACGGCGUGAAGAUGGUGCGUCACGCCGCGGGGCAGAUCGAGGCUUUGUGUCCUCAGGUGAUCAACGCGGCGCGCGUGCUGGCGGCGCGCGUGCGCUCGCGCGUGGCGCAGGAGAACGCGUCGGCCUUCGCGCGCGCCUGGGAGGCCGCCGUGCGCCUGCUCACCGACGCCGUCGACGACAUCACCACCAUCGACGACUUCCUCGCCGUCAGCGAGAACCAUAUCCUAGAAGACGUGAACAAGUGCGUGGUGGCUCUGCAGGAGGGAGAUCCUGACUCCCUGGAGAGGACUGCUGGUGCCAUAAGGGGCAGAGCUUCCAGGGUGUGCUCGGUUGUGACUCAAGAGAUGGACAACUACGAGCCCUGUAUAUACACCAAGCGGGUCCUGGAGGCUGUGACAGUGUUACGAGAUCAGGGUACAAAAAUGGCAGUUGAUUUCAUAGAAAUCACUAAU